AUGCCUAGGGAUAAGCGAAGCCGCAAGGGCUGCUUAACUUACAGACCUUGCACAUACAAUCAGAGAGUUGUUUGGGAACAGGAUGCAAUUGAGCGAGGGAUCGCGUUCGGUCGGUCUGAACAGUACAAAAGGAUUAAGCAGCAACAGAUCGAAAACGUGAUCGAUGAUCAUGAACAAACUCUUAGUCAGCGCGUAGCAGCAGAACCAGUACCGUGGCCACCCUUGCAAAACACCAAAACCUUAUUCAUUAAUAUUACCAAACAGGACUUUAACAACAUUUUGGAGCGUAAUGACGAAAUAGCGAGCUUACCUGCCCAAACUCCUAAACAACCUCGCAGCCCGCAGGUAUCACACUCGUUUCCUAGCACUUUUCCCACACCGUCGGAAGACGCUUUUCUUUUGGGGGCAUUACAGGAAUUCGAGUAUCCCUAUUCAAUAGGCUCGCCUAGCGAGUUUGUGCUGGAACCUAAGAACAAGUCAUCGCUUGCUAACCUGGAUCCCCAAGAACGUGAGCUUCUUUUAUACUUCAUCAACUCCAUUUGCCCCGUCUGUGUGUGUUAUCCAGAAAAAUCCAAGCUUUCGUCACAUCCAUUAGAAUCAAUCGACUCGUUCCGGUACAAGCUGAACCCGGAAACAAACCCUUACCUUUACCUAAUAGUUCCACUGGCUGCAGGAUCAGCAAUGGUUCUCAACUCGGUCUUAGCUGCUAGCGCAUACCAGCUGUUUCUUUUGGGAAAAAAGGAGUUUGAAGAAAUAUCCGACAUCUACACAAAGCAGGUGCUAGGAGAACUUCCGCACGCCAUUGGAGAUAUACAUAACCUGGAUGAAGUUCUUGCGACCAUCAUAAUGCUCUGUUUCAAGGAGAUUUCCUCGAACUGCGGGUCUGGAGCUCAAUGGACUACGCACCUUGCACAGGCAAAGGAGCUACUGAAGGAAACCAGAAUGCGCAAUAACGAGAAUCCGCUGUCUAAAUUUUUUACCAGGUACUUUAUCAGCCACGAGGUGAUGGGCGAAACAGCCUGGGUCGGAGGAAACCAUUCGAGCCCUUCCAUGUCUCUUCCAAGACUACCGCAACCCAUCUUCGAUGACCCUCACCUGGAAACUCUUCGCAACGACGGCGAUACUCGAAUCGAUCUCGUCCUUGGUUGCAGUGCGUAUCUGAUUUCAAUCAUUCAUCGAAUUUCCAUGCUCGGUAAAUGCUAUGAGGACCUAGAACUGGAAACCUCCCAAGCGAGUCGCGAUGCAAUCGAGUCAGAGGUUUGGAUCAGACGCGAACAUCUGCACCGAGAAAUUCAAAAGCUCUGCCAGGAAUUUGAAUCAACUCCAGAAGUUAGUGAUGAGGACGUACACUACAUUGAAAUUAUUGCCGAGAUAAAACGGCUAACGGCUAUCAUAUACUUGUUUGCUAGAAUUGACUUGGAGGCUCUUUAUCAGCACAACGGAAGGGUCUCUAAAUCAUUCUAUAAGAGACACGCGGAUACUCAGCAGAUUUCUAAACGUAUCGUGACGCUGAUGAGGUCCCUCCCCGACAUCUACAUGUCUCUGCUGUGGCCGUUGUUUGUCAUAGGCAUUGUAUCCACUGUGGCAGACGAAGAUAGAUGGUUUGUUCUGAACGCAUUCACCACUCUGCAGAAUUCGAGAGAGCUUGGAAGUGUCCGAACAGCGUGUUCCGUUGUUACGAGCGUUUGGAAGGAGAAAGAUUUGGGGUGUGACCACAUACGUUGGAGAGAUAUGAUUCGAGAAAAAGCAUGCACAUUGAGUCUAGCAUAA